GAUCCCCCUGGCCAUGUGAGUCAGAAAGGCUUCAUGGGGCUGGCGAGACAGCAGCAAUCGAGCUCACAGACGAGAUCCAAGAGCCUCUGUACUUGGACACCCCCCCGGAGAUAGCAAGUACUUCAAGCUUCAAAGACAUGGAGGCCGAACCAGCAUCGGAGGCUUCGGCGAAAAAGGAGGACUGCGACCGGAACCAUCUUCAGCAGCUUGCAAUUCAGAUUGAGGAGUUACAGCAGCAGCUGCUGGCAGCACAA